UUUUCCUAGAAAGAACUGACUGAAGCAAUUCGGUGAAUUCUUUUCAGGAAACACUCACGCUCCAUUUGCUGGCACAAGCUGGAUGGAGCCGUUGCUGCAGUAUUCUGUGAAGUCAAGAACGGCCUCCAGUUACUAAAACCAACCAUUCAAAUGACACAAAAAACUCCAGCAAAUCCAGGAAAGUACCAGACUUUCUGAGAACCAUCUCUCACUUGUAACAUUUGGCUGAAACAGUCUGCGCUUUUGAAGAAGAAAAAAGUGUCUCCUGGUAUGGGUGUGUCUGAUCCAUCGCUUUACACACUCUUUCCAAAUGUGUAAGUCGUGCUUUGAAAGUCUGGUUUUACUGAAAGAAUAAAUAAAAGGGUUUAUGAGAGGAUGAUUGUGUCGAACUCCCGAAGGGGUGUUCCGUUUCUAGCUUUAUUUUUCUAAACAAAAGUGUCCUUUUUUGCAGAUAUUCUAAUAAAAGAUGUAAUAUAAACCCCUGCAGUGUUAAACAUUGUUCUUUUCUUUCCUUAAAAAUGUGACAAAAACUAAUUUUGCAUGAAUGUUUUGUUGUUUUUUCCACUAUCUAAUAAGCCAAUUCAAGGAAUUGACUUGUUUUUAAUAUGGAAAAUAAAAAUGAACUCAUUUAAAUGCACCUAAAGGGGUGUAAUAAUUAACAAAAAUCCAUAAAAAGCAUCUGGGUGUGUAAUCAUUGAGUUUCCAUUACUGCUGCUUCUCCUGCCACCAUCUUUUAUUACAACAAUCUCCUAUUUGCUCUUAUCCUUCAACAAAACAGAGUGUCGGUUUGUUUUCUGAAGAACUCUUUAAUCCCAGUGACACCUACUAUUUGGUUACAUAGACAGGGAGGGACAGGGAGCUGAGGCUGGCUCGCCGCCUCAUGCAUGCAUGAUUCAGUCCCAGGUACAGACAAGUGGAACCUAAGCAGCACCACCGCCUAAAUACCUACCAGGCUGCUGAGAGACAGUCCAGCUCAGACUGUCCUUUCUGUUUGGACCUGAGGGUUUCAGUUUCUGCAGUCACAUAUAACACUGUCACACGAUCUAUACCCAGAGGAGACACCAUUGUGUGAGUCUAAAAAAAGCUUUACUCUUAACUCCAUCUGUUGAUAAAUACUACAGAUCCAUGAUAUGUGUGAGCACAUAUCAACGGAUAUGUAGACUUUAAAGAAGAAGAAGAAGAAAAAAAAGCACUUAUGGGAGGAGAAAUCCAUCUUUUAGCUUCCCAAGUAGCCAAUAAGACAUCCCUUGUGGGAGUGAGCACAACAAAACCAGAUGCGUCUCAUUCUGUAGAAGCAAUCUGCAAAAACUACAGGGAUGACUGUACAGCCAUUGACAGUUCUGAAUCUGACAGGAUAAUCUCCUUCCGAGCUGGUCCUUCUUCAACCCUGAUUUGAUUGAACAAAAACUGCUAAGUAACUACGGAAGCUGCUGUCAUCCCAGUGGAGGUCUCUGCUGGGAUUUUUAGCCAUGUUUUGGAUGAAAUGCACCGUCGGGAUACGAGGACUAAUUUCUUGGAUUUUCCUCACCAACAUCAUGCUGAUUCUGUAUUGCUUCAUCGGCUCAAAUCAAAUGAAUUUAAGUGACUCCAAAGAGGACACCUGCCCUCUCAGCAUGGAGAAAUCCAAUUCAAUGGGGUCCCCCCAACCCCCCAAGACAGAGUGCUCCCCCAAAACGAACAUCAUGUUCAUGAAAACUCAUAAAACCGCCAGCAGCACCAUCCUCAACAUCCUCUUCAGGUUUGGGGAGAAACUCAAGCUGAAGUUUGCCUUUCCCAACGGACGGAAUGACUUCUUCUACCCGUCACCUUUCCAGGCCUCCCAGGUGAUGAACUACAGGCCGGGGGGGUGUUACAACAUCGUCUGCAACCACAUGCGCUUCAAUCAGCAGGAAGUGGCCAAACUCCUGCCGGCGGAUGCGGUGUACAUCACCAUACUGCGAGACCCGGUGGAUCUCUUUGAGUCGUCCUUCCAUUACUACCACAAAGCAGUUCCCUUCACGUGGUCCAUCGACGGGGAGAACAAGCUGGCAGAGUUUCUGCAGAAUCCUCAGGCCUUCUACAGUCCUGAGGCUUUCAACUCCUUCUAUCUGAAGAACAUACUCACCUUCGACUUCGGCUUCGACAACAACCUCGAAGCGGACGACCCACAGGUCACGGAACACAUUCACUACCUGUCUGAGCGGUUUGACCUCGUCCUCAUAGUAGAAUAUUUCGAGGAAUCUCUCAUCCUGCUUAAGGAUUUACUCUGCUGGAGCACGGAGGACAUCUUGUACUUUAAACUCAACGCCCGGAGGAGCUCGUCGGUGUCCAAGCUGGACCCCGAGCUGAGAGCCAAAGCAUUACAGUGGAACGGAGCAGACUGGAAACUUUAUCAGCACUUCAACGCUUCCUUCUGGGCCAGAGUGGAGGCUUAUGGGAGAGAGAGGAUGAAUCGGGACGUACAAGAGCUGAGGAGAAGAAACGAGGAGAUGAGGGCCAGGUGUGUCGAGGGAGGGGCUGCGGUUGAAGCCCAGAACAUUCACAGCAGACAUCUGUUGCCGUGGCAGCCGAUUGGAGAGAAAUCCAUCCUCGGAUACAACUUAAGGAAAGAUAUUGAGCCUAAUUUCAGGAAUAUAUGUGAGAAAAUGCUGACACCAGAAAUACAAUAUAUGUCAGAUUUGGGAGUGAGCCUGUGGGUCACUAAACUGUGGGGUUGGUUUAUAGACAUCAUUAGUUAAUGUCAUACUACUUUUUUAAAUGAUGUAGUCAAGGUUUCAGUUGGCAUUUAGAGGAUAAGAAGUAUGGAGCUAUUUUGAGGCUUUAAAUACUUGAAACCCAAAUAAAACAUUUUCAAAAAAAAUAUUGGUGUUUAGCCAAAACAAAUUUUAA